AUGGGCCCCCGGGCCGUCGGUCUGACGGGACUGAAAUUCGGAACGGAGAUGGGUUUUCACCCUGGGAAGGUCGAGACCUAUGUUCAGGAGCCCUUUCAAGCGCCUUCAGUUCCCAGUCAGUUGGCUUUUGCCAUGACUAUCAAUAAAUGCCAGGGACAGUCUCUCAGAGUGGCUGGCAUCAACUUGGAGCAACCUUGCUUUUCUCACGGGCAGCUUUAUGUGGUGUGCUCAAGAGUGGGCUCUCCGGAACGCCUGUUCAUUUUGUCACCGGAGGGAAAAACAAAGAACAUAGUCUACCAAAAGGCUCUCCGGUGA